AUUCAUUACAUGUAUUUUCAAUUGGUACUCCAUUCAUAAUAACACUGCUGCAGUGGCCACAAGUUGCAAAUCGAUUUUGGCAAUCAGUUUUCGGUAUUUAAUUUUGGUGAAAAUUUGCAGACUCUGAUGAAAAGCGUUGUGUGGUAGUUUAUUGCUGUAAGAACCGACAGGACAGGUGUGCAACUCCUACGCGUGGACGCCAAGAUGGAGGUCAACAAGGAUGAAGCGCAGCGGUGCAUCGACAUCGCGUUGCUUGCCUUCAAGGCGGGCAAUCUGGACAAGGCCCGCAAGUUUGUGGAUAAAUCGAAGCGAUUGUUUCCGAUGAAGGCGGCCGACGAUCUGCAGCGAUUGAUCCAGAGUGCUUCGAGCGGUCCUUCGUCGGCGCGUCAAGAAGACAACGCUGGUCCGCGCAGACGACCCACGGCCAACAAGGAGAACGAGAAACCUCAAGAACCGAAGCUGAACGUAGAUUACACCCAGGAACAGCUAGACGUGGUGAAGCGGCUCAAAAAGUGCAAGGAUUACUACGAAGUUCUGGGAGUCACCAAAGAGGCGACGGAUUCUGAAAUCAAGAAAGCCUACAAAAAGCUAGCCCUUCAGCUUCAUCCGGACAAAAACAAGGCCCCAGGAUCAGUGGAAGCGUUCAAGGCGCUGGGUAACGCGGUAGCCACCCUCACCGACGCCCAAAAACGAAAGGAUUACGAUCUGUACGGCAAUCAGGAAAGCACCGGUGGCCACCACCGCCCGGGAUACGCGGGUGGGGCGGGGCACAACCAUCACUACGAGUACAGCUUUGGGCGGGGCUUCGAGUCGGACAUCAAUCCGAAUGAUUUGUUCAACAUGUUCUUUGGGGGUGGAUUUUCGCCCCAGCAGCACCAGCGGGGAAGGGCGCGCUGGCAGUCGCAGGAGUCGAACUCGGGCAGCCAACCGAGCUUGAUCUUCGGGCUGGUGUUGUGCUUCAUCGUUGUGUCGAUGCUGUCGACGUUCUUCGCGUCCGAUCCGCUGUACAGCCUGCAGCAAACGCCCAAAUACGCGGUCGAGCGGCGCACGCUCAACUUCAAGAUUCCGUACUACGUGAAGGAGAACUUUGUCACCGAGUACCAGGGCUCGCUGAGCCGGCUCGAGCACUCGGUCGAGGAGGAGUACAUCCUGUACAUGAAGCGGUCCUGCUACAACGAGCGCAACUACCGGGACGCCAUGAUGGCCCGAGCCAAAAGCUUCGGCAGCCGGACCCAGAUCAACCAGGCCCAGCAGCUGAAGAUGCCGUCGUGCGACGCCCUGUACAAGCUGGGCGUCGGCCGGGUCAACUACUAGUCUGUGUAUUCUAUAGUUUUGUUUUGGUUUCUGUAAGGACGGUGGGCAUUCGGUUUAGAUUCUACUCAGUAGUGUGAGCGAUUUUAUAUAUUUAUUUGUCAGUUUAUUCAAUAAAAAGUAUCGUUACUAUAUUCAUUGAAAUUUCCUAACGUUUCCAGGAUAGAUAGUGGCAUAGUGAAAGUGAGACAUUCCCUUCUUGUCUCGUGUAGGAACAGUUUGUGCACUCGCUUGGGCAUUGUUUUUCGGUUUUACUGCAUCGAUUACAUGAAACUGACAGGUUGAAUCAUUAUAAUCCUAUUUGAUAGGUUGCAUUUAGGUAAACAAGAUUUUUGACACUUUGUGCAAUAUUGCGCGGUUUAUAAAGAAAAUCUUUCAAUCAUCUA